UAAAAAAAAAUAUGAAAAUAUCACAAAAUCAAUUGAAGAAUUUGAAUUAAAAAUUCAACAAUUAGAAAAUGAGUCUAAAGCAUAUUUAACAACUAUAUUAUACAAGCAUCAACAUCAUGAAAAUCAACAACCUCUUACAGAUCCAACCAAGUUUGUAAAAUCAAUUGAAUUAUAUGAUCUUUCACUUUGUGAAUUUUUUGAUGCUUUAUAUCAAUCAGCAAAUCCACAAAGCAAAAAUAAAUUUACUCAAGAAAAGCUUAAAAAAAAAUUGUCAAUUUGUGUUAUCAUUGAGCAUCAUUAA